CUUGCUCAUCUAGGGUAUUUCGAAAAAGUAAACGGUGUGUGGAGGUCGUUGGCGUUAAGAGAAGUUAUUUUAUGUUUAUCUGACUUCUUAAUUGAGGAUGAGUUCUACUGCUGUGAACGAUGAGAAUCAUGAGGUCUGCCCUGGAAGAAAGCAGAGCAAUUCAGAUACUAUUUGUGACAUAUUUUCCUUGGAUCAGCCGACUGGGAGGCCCUCCAUCCUUCGCCAGUCUCAGGCAGAGAACCUGUCAAACAAAACUAUAGCAAAGGGAGGGAAGGUUUGUUUUCAGACUCCAAGAAGAGACCCUCUCACUAAGAGAAUAGUAUCACCAACAAAGUCCCUUAAGAUGGAAAGCCUGGAUGACUGUAGUAAAGCCCUGGAGUCUUCGCAGUUUACAACACCUGAAGAGGUGUUGCCUCAGGAAAUCAAUGAGCCUGUUGAUGUGCCAAAAUCAGACUUCACAAAUGUGUCAUCCUAUCCUGAUGAUGAUAUGCCAAUUCAGAGUAAAGGAGGUUAUCAGCUGGAUUUUGACAACCUUGAUGCCAUCAAUCCCUUCCAGGGGUCCACUAAAAUGGUCCUCUCUCCAGCAAGGCCCAGUGAGCUAGUUGAAAACCCCAAGGCUGAAGAACAGUGUGAACGUAAUGUCAUUGAAGCAGUUUCUCCUGAGAAGUUGGAGGAGUCUGACAAUAAUGAAACGGCAAUGGAUGAGACCCUUCCGUUCGUGCCAUCAGUGGAAAAUGAUCUUGCUGACAUCUCAGCCGAUAUGUGCUCAAACGAUAGCAGUGUGAUUACCAUGACGAAGGACCCAGCCGUUGAGUUAUCCAACGCUGGUGAGGAAGAGACUGUACAAUCAUCAGUUAACCUUGACCCAGAUCAAGCUUUGGCCAUCUUUACUACAGUCGCGGAAGCUGUGGCUAUCUCUACAGCCGAGAAGACUCCUCUGCCGCCAAAAGGUGCUUACGAAUUAGAUUUUGCCAACCUUGAUUCAGUCGACCCUUUCCAAACGGGAGGCUCCAAAAUGCAGAAUUCCCCGGUGCUAGGAAGAAAGCAGUCAUGCGAUAACCCUCCUCAAAAGGUGGAGGUUGAAGAGUCUGCAGUAAAGGAAAUGGAACCAGCAGCCACGCUUGAGGGGGUUCAGCCAGUCCUAGAGGCACCUGUCCAGCCAGAGAUUAAACCUAUUGCAUCAUUGUCGCCUGCGCCGAAGGAGACUAGCAAGCCAGCUGAAGACGCUGUGGCCAUCACCUCUACAGCCGAGGAGACUCCUCUGCCGCCAAAAGGUACUUACGAAUUAGAUUUUGCCAACCUUGAUUCAGUCAACCCUUUCCAAACGGGAGGCUCCAAAAUGCAGAAUUCCCCGGUGCUAGGAAGAAAGCGGCCAUGCGAUAACCCUCCUCAAAAGGUGGAAGUUGACGAGCCUGCAGUAAAGGAAAUGGAACCAGCAGCCACGCUUGAGGGGGUUCAGCCAGUCCUAGAGGCACCUGUCCAGCCAGAGAUGAAACCUAUUGCAGCAUUGUCGCCUGCGCCGAAGGAGACUAGCAAGCCAUCUGAAGUUGCUGUGGCCAUCACCUCUACAGCCGAGGAGACUCCUCUGCCGCCAAAAGGUACUUACGAAUUAGAUUUUGCCAACCUUGAUUCAGUCAACCCUUUCCAAACGGGAGGCUCCAAAAUGCAGAAUUCCCCGGUGCUAGGAAGAAAGUGGCCAUGCGAUAACCCUCCUCAAAAGGUGGAAGUUGACGAGCCUGCAGUAAAGGAAAUGGAACCAGCAGCCACGCUUGAGGGGGUUCAGCCAGUCCUAGAGGCACCUGUCCAGCCAGAGAUGAAACCUAUUGCAUCAUUGUCGCCUGCGCCGAAGGAGACUAGCAAGCCAUCUGAAGUUGCUGUGGCCAUCACCUCUACAGCCGAGGAGACUCCUUUGCCGCCAAAAGGUACUUACGAAUUAGAUUUUGCCAACCUUGAUUCAGUCAACCCUUUCCAAACGGGAGGCUCCAAAAUGCAGAAUUCCCCGGUGCUAGGAAGAAAGUGGCCAUGCGAUAACCCUCCUCAAAAGGUGGAAGUUGACGAGCCUGCAGUAAAGGAAAUGGAACCAGCAGCCACGCUUGAGGGGGUUCAGCCAGUCCUAGAGGCACCUGUCCAGCCAGAGAUGAAACCUAUUGCACCAUUGUUGCCUGCUCCCAAGGAGACUAACAAGCCAGCUGAAGAUGCCAUACCACAGCCCAGUGCAGCCCCUUCCAAGGAUGGCCCGGUGAAACUUGAGUUCAAUUUUGAUGAUGGCGGUGAGGUCAAGCGUAAGCCUCCUCCCAAAAAGUUUGGCAAAGGGCCUGGUGUGAAGCCGAGAGAGAAAAAGGCUAUACCUACAGAAAAAAAAGAACCCGCUCCAUCCAUGGAAUCUCCAGUGAAGCCAUUGGCCAAUACUGAUUCUGAAAUUCCUCUUCCCAAGGCCGGGUACGACUUUGACAAGUUUGACCCAAACUUCAAUCCAUUUGGUACAAACGCAAAAAUGACUGACUCUACAGUCUGUACGGUGAAAUCCAGUCCAGAUGCCAAGGCACCAACCUCAGUCAGAGUGGCUGUCUCCCCUGAGAAAGUGGCAGAGCCUGUUCAGCAAGAAACUGCACCAUCACCAUGUGUUUCUAUUGCUGGAUAUGAAAUAUCAAGGACUGAACCUGAUCUUUCUGCCAUAAGAGAAGGAAUUGAGAACAUUCCACAGAAUCCAAAGCUUCAGAUGGACUCUUGUGAAGUUCAGGAUCCUUCCUCUGUUAAAGAGAAGGAACCUCCAACUAAACCUGACCCACCUUCGCUGAGCAUUGCAGAACCCUUCGAACUCGGCCAAUUUCAGCAGAACCCACAGAAUGGCAUGUCAGAAUUUAAUGAGACGUUUGUUCCUGGAACCACAUUCAUGGCGAAUGACUUUGACAGACAGAUGGACUACCUGGAGCAGUUUGGGUCCAGCACUUUUAAGGAGUCAGCACUGAGAAAACAAUCACUGUACCUCAAAUUUGAUCCCCUCAUGAGAGAGAGCCCCAAGAAGUCUGGAGUCCCUGCAGGACUCGACAACCUCCCACGACCUGCUCCCUUUGCUUCACGUGCGGGGACCCAGAAGACUGGAGCCGAGGAGGUGAAUGGACUGAAAUCUGUCAACCUUAAACGUCUUGAUGACCUACCACCCGUUCAAGUUGUCGGUCCUAUGACUCCUCUCGUGCAGAAUUCCCCUAUACUUGAGAAUCUGGUCCCUACUUUCCCCCAACCAGCCAACACUGACGAUAACAUCAUAGAGGUGCUGAAAUACAGUCAGCAAGACAUGAAUGCUGCCAUUGUCAAGAUCCAGACACAAACAAAGGAGAAUGCGGAUGAAUGGAAGUCUAAGCAUGACAAGCUAUCACAGGAUAAUCAUGAGAUGGGAAAAAUCAUGUCAGAAUUUGAAGCCACAAUCGCUCAGAUAUUGGCUGAUAAACAGAGGGAGAAGGAAAUGGCCCAGGCUGAGAUCACUAAAGUCCUGCAGGAGAAGGAGCAGGUAUCACAGGACCUGAAUGCCAUGGAGCGAUCCUUCUCAGAUCUCUUCAAGAGACUGGACAAAUACAAAGAGGUCAUCGAGGGUUGCAUGAAGAAUGAAGAGAUGCUGAAGAAAUGUGCUCAAGAUUACCUGGCUAGGAUCAAGAAGGAGGAGCAGCGCUACCAGACCCUGAAAGCCCAUGCAGAGCAGAAAAUCGGCUUGGCGAAUGGAGAGAUUGCAGAGGUUCGCUCCAAACUAAAGUCUGAGGUCGCUGCACUUCAGGCCCAGCUGCGCAGGGAGCAGCUAAAGGCCCAGUCACUGGAGAAGAGCCUUGACCAGAAAGUAAAAGAGACUGAAGAACUCACCAACCUUUGCGAUGAACUAAUAGCUAAAGUCCAAAAGGGCUGAGUUGAACCGUAUGUCUAUGUCCUUGUCUUUAUUGUUGUCCUGUAGUUUAGAUUUUUUACAAAUCUAAAUGUGAGUAGUGCUCUGUAAAUAUGUUUUGCUGAUCUUGAUUGGAGAUCAAGCAAUGUAAUAGUACUUCACUAGCUCUCAUUUCUACUGAUUCAUGUUGGUUCGUUUUAUCAAUGUCUGUCUUUAUUAAUGUAAUAAAAUAGUUUCACUAAUCAAGAA